UGUAGCAGCCACACUCCAAAAACACAAUCAAAUCCAAUUUCACUCUCUCCCCACUGCGCCGCCCCCUCCUCCUCCAGCUCGUCAACAAUGGCGACCAUAGCCCCGCCGUCCUCCUCCUUCACCAAACCCUCUCCUUUCUCCUCUUCCACCAAAUCCACAAACCCACUUUCCCGAUUUACCCUCCCUUACUCUUCCCUCUCCCACUUCCGCCCUCUCCGAAUCUCCAGCUCCCUCACCCCCAAAGCCACCUCCCCCGCCGCAACCACCGCCGCCCCUCCGGCCCCAUCAUCACCCGUAGCCCCCCGAUUCGCCCCCGACGAGCCUCGUAAAGGCGCGGACGUCCUGGUGGAGGCCCUCGAGCGCCAGGGGGUCACCACCGUGUUCGCCUACCCCGGCGGCGCGUCGAUGGAAAUCCACCAGGCUCUCACGCGCUCCACCUCCAUCCGCAACGUCCUCCCCCGCCACGAGCAAGGCGGCGUCUUCGCCGCCGAGGGAUACGCGCGCGCGUCUGGGCUCCCCGGCGUCUGCAUUGCCACCUCCGGCCCCGGCGCCACCAAUCUCGUCAGCGGCCUCGCCGACGCGCUGUUGGACAGCAUUCCGAUGGUGGCCAUCACCGGACAAGUGCCGCGGAGGAUGAUCGGAACCGACGCCUUUCAGGAGACUCCGAUUGUUGAGGUAACCAGAUCCAUCACCAAGCACAAUUACCUUGUUCUUGAUGUUGAUGACAUCCCUAGGAUUGUGAAAGAGGCCUUUUUCCUAGCCACAUCGGGUCGGCCCGGCCCGGUUUUGAUUGAUAUUCCGAAAGAUGUGCAGCAACAGCUUGUAGUUCCCAAUUGGGACCAACCAAUUAGAUUAACUGGUUACAUGUCUAGGUUGCCCCAAAGCCCCAAUGGGGUUCUUUUGGACCAGAUUGUCAGGUUGGUGUCGGAGGCCAAGAAACCGGUGCUGUAUGUUGGUGGAGGCUGUUUGAAUUCGAGCGAGGAGUUGAGGCGGUUCGUGGAGCUGACUGGGAUACCAGUUACGACUACUUUGAUGGGCCUGGGGACUUACCCGAGCUCCGAUGAGGAUGAUUUGUCACUGCAGAUGCUUGGGAUGCACGGGACUGUUUUUGCCAACUAUGCUGUGGACAAGGCUGACUUGUUGCUGGCUUUUGGUGUGAGGUUUGAUGAUAGGGUGACUGGGAAGCUGGAGGCAUUUGCUAGCCGUGCGAAGAUUGUGCAUAUUGAUAUCGAUUCUGCAGAGAUAGGGAAGAACAAGCAGCCACAUGUGUCUGUUUGUGGUGAUGUGAAGCCGGCGUUGCAGGGGUUGAACAGGAUAGUGGAAGGGAAAUUAGAGAAGCUUAAGCUUGAUUUUUCAGCUUGGAGGGCAGAGCUAAAAGAACAGAAACUGAAGUUUCCUUUGGGUUACAAGAGUUUUGAGGAUGCCAUCCCUCCUCAGUAUGCAAUUCGGGUUCUUGAUGAGUUAACUGAAGGGAAGGCUAUUAUAAGCACUGGUGUCGGGCAACAUCAGAUGUGGGCGGCUCAACACUACAAAUAUCAAAGGCCUCGACAGUGGUUGACUUCAGGGGGCUUAGGAGCCAUGGGGUUUGGGUUGCCAGCUGCUAUGGGGGCUGCUGCGGCAUGUCCAGAUGCUAUUGUUGUCGACAUUGAUGGUGAUGGAAGUUUUAUGAUGAAUGUCCAAGAAUUGGCGACAAUCAAGGUGGAGAAUCUUCCGGUCAAGAUACUGCUGUUGAACAAUCAGCAUUUGGGUAUGGUUGUUCAGUGGGAGGAUCGCUUCUAUAAAGCAAACAGGGCUCACACAUACUUAGGCAACCCGGCGAAUGAGUCCGAGAUCUUCCCAAAUAUGUUGAAGUUUGCAGAGGCUUGUGGUGUACCAGCUGCCCGUGUGACGAAGAAGGAAGACCUCAAAGCAGCAAUCCAGAAAAUGUUGGACACUCCUGGUCCAUACUUGUUGGAUGUCAUAGUACCACAUCAAGAGCAUGUGUUGCCUAUGAUCCCAAGUGGUGGUGCCUUCAAAGAUGUGAUCACUGAGGGCGAUGGAAGAAGAAGUUACUGAUUUCUUUUUGCAGCAUCUCAUUUUGUUUCUAGUAUGUACAAUUUUGGAUUAGUGUUUGUAGUAAUGUUGGUAUGAGUAAUAUAUCAACGCGUUCUGUUUGGUGAUUAAGUUAGAUGUUGUGCCUGGUGGUUCAUUUGUGCUAUUGUGCCACUCUAAUCUUUUAUAAGAAUAAUAAUGUUCUAUAGUUUCAGUUUUGUGCCUGAUC